CCUGCAUCUAAACAUCUCCAACUUCCCCAACGCAAAAAGCCAUCGCCGCCUCGACAUCUCAAUCAUCACCGCCCUUCCAAUCUCAUAUAUACCUCAGCAUACUCUUCGUUUUCCGACUCGCAACAAAUUCCGCAUCGCCAUCUGUUGUAGUUUUUUACCCGCCCUUGUCCUCUAUCCGCCUCCAUCACCGCCCUGCUCUCGGCCGCCACACCACCACUUUGCGCCCCCAAAAAACGCUCUCCCUCGACUACCAACUUGCAGGCGCAUAUUCUACCUCUGGCGACUUGAUACUACGGAGACGCAUUCUAUCGAGAGAACGAGAUACGACCAGUGAAGAGCCUCAUAUUUAGUCACGCUUGGCCACAACCAUCCAGCAAAUCACCUCCGCCUUCUCACUUGGCUUCCUGCCUGCCCUCCCCUCCUCGCUUCGACUAAGCCUUGCGACCGCUUGCUGGUAGGAAACGAUAGCCGCUGGCCUGCUCGAGUCUACAUACCGUCCCGAUGGAUAACCUAUGGACUCGCCGAACAAACACGAGCAAGCUAUCCCUCACGACACCGGCGAACGGGCAUACCGGUGGCUUAGGCGACUCUAGCUCUCGACACCAGUUCUCUCGUCGCCAUGGCGGCGACAUGUCGGCCACAGCCAAGACACCCGGCGGUAGUGUAGCUUCACCAACGGGUGCCUCGAGCGCUUUCGGACUGGGAUCUGGCGCCUUUGCCUCCUUUGGUUCGGCCAAGACUCCCAAGACGCCAGGCAACCCCUUCGACUCUGCUAUGGGAUCCGCCAUCUCUAAACAGAAUACUGGAAAGCAGGGCAAGGGAGUCGACUCCAAGGUUACCGCUGGCCAGAUUUACCCGCUGAAAGAUACGUGGUGUUUCUGGUACCGCCCACCUAUCUCCAAGGCUCACGGCUACAUCCAGUACGAGAACACUCUCCAUGGCAUUGCCAGUGUACAGACUGCUCAAGAGUUUUGGGAGAUCUACGCACACCUCAAGCGCCCGUCAAUGCUGCCUGUUGUUUCCGACUACCAUCUCUUCAAAAAGGACAUCCGUCCCAUUUGGGAAGAUGAGGUGAACCGCAAAGGUGGCAAGUGGAUUGUGCGCUUGAAGAAGGGCGUUGCUGACCGCCUUUGGGAGGAUUUACUUCUUUCCCUUAUUGGCAAUCAGUUUGGUGAUGCCGGCGAGGAAGUUUGCGGUGCGGUCCUUAGCAUGCGCAAUGGCGAAGACAUUUUGAGCAUCUGGACAAGAACCGAUGGUGGUCGCGUGCUCAAGAUUCGUGAAACCAUGAAGCGUGUCCUCAACUUCCCCGCCAACACUCGCGUCGAGUUCAAAACCCACGACUCUAGCAUUCAACAACGAACGGCGAUCGACGAGCAACGACGUGAAAAGGCCGGUCAGCAACACACAGACAAGCGUCAGCAGACGGGUGCUACGAGGCAGAACAAUGAUUAGAGAAGCAUUGCGCUAUGCGUCCCCCGUUCUCCUCUUGUAUAUCAUCUCUGAUGGUUUGCUUUUGCGUGGUGCUCGAUUAAAAUCUUUUCUUGCUCCUGUAUACUAUGUGCUCCUUGUUACUGCACAGCUGAUUCUUUGCAAGACGGUGGACGGAGCGGUUAGCUUUUUUCUUUGUUGACUAGACCGGACGAUAGACUCACGUCUGUAUCUGGGAUCCUCUAGUAUCCUCUGUUUUGUAUUCUCCUUUCCUUUCUGUUCUUUUUUCUUUACCUUGAUUUGUAUUCUGGUUCUGGUUCUUGCCCACGUUUAGGAGUAUGGGAACGGGGAAUGCAGGGAAAUGCGGAUUGAGACGGAUGAGCAUUGAUCUUACUGUUGGUUGUUUUUGAAUGCUCCGGUCUGGAAGAAUGGCCGGGCAUAGAGCCUGUAGCAACAGUCUGUUUUGAAGGCAAUCAGGCGGCGGAAAGGAAUGGGCAACAAGCGACAACGAGAUAAUGUUUGUAUUACUACCAAGCAUACAAAAUAAGUAAAAUAUCCAAUCCUCGAUUGAUCUCGAAUUAAAGCGUGGCCAGACUACAUUCUGUGCUAUUUAUACGUCACAUCUUUUUACUGAUAAUGGUGAUGACGAUGUAAAACUGUUCUAAUUAAGCCUUUCUAGGCUCUCGUCUCCUUUCCCACACUUGCAGAUACGACUCUCCCAAAUAGAGCAGCUCGCUCUGAACCUUAUCUACGUACAAAUCUUGGCAAAUCACCCACUCGCCGGUUGCCUUGUCCUUGACUUGAACUUUCCACGUCUUCCUCUCCUCUCCCGUGUCUGCAACGUCCUCCUUGGAGCGAACAGCUUCGUGCACUACGUUUGCCACAAGAUCGUACCAGAUAGGUUCGCUAGGUGGCCACUCGGCAGGAUUAGGCUCGACAUAAGGAGAGACAUCGAGAUUUCGUGCGUCAAAGGUGACAAUGGUGGGAUUUCGUUCUGAUACAAACUUGUUCUGUGAGAAGCGCUUGAUAUGCAGAAUGAGAUAGGGGGGCAAGGGAUGCAGCAAACGGUAACGUUUGCGUUGUGAGUGGUGUUCUUGUGACUGCUGGCCGUCAUAUUUGCUGAGAAUGGUGGCGAGGGGGACUUGUGGGAUGAUGUUCUUCUCCAGUUCGUCCUGGAAGAGCGGCGCUGACGGGAGAUCAAGCGUCAACAUGAGGAACCGUACAAUAUCAACCUUGACGUCGGCUGCUUCUUCAAAACGCAAUCGGUCUCCUGCAUCUGCGCGGGCCGUGAUGGCUUGCGAUUCUACCUUAAGCUUGCCCUGGAACGUGCGUUGGAUCAUGGAGCUCCCCGGUUUUGUCUUGCUCCCUCCCAGACCAAGAUGCAGAUUGUUUAAAAACCACGAGAGGAACUCGACAGGAUCAGACUGCGCAGUUAGCGUGAAGCGCUUGUUAGACCGCAGAGAAAUCUCCUGCAGCAACUCGUGAGGAGAGACGUGAGCUCGGAAAGCGCGUGGGUUCCAGAUCUUGCGAAACAGUGUGCUGCAGCGGCGCACGAGCUCCGUCUUGGUUGAGAAAUCCUCGAGAAGCAGAAAGUUUCUCAAGGGAACAACAUGUGAGAGAGCUUGCACAAUAACAUUGAGAUAAUCGUUCUCCUUGAUGUUGUUCAUGCCAACAAAACCUGGCCGGUAUUCCUUCUUUGCCAAUGUCCAGCUCUUUCGAUCUACCCGAUCGAGCUCCAUGACUUCUCUUUUUGUGUAUCGUGGAUCAGACACGUAUUUGAUAUCGUCGAGCGACUUGCUUGUGACUUCAUAGCCCUCGGGCAGGACGUAGACCUUUUGUGUUUCAAGAUUGAUGAAGACGUGGUGCUCGUCUUCGAGAGCGUGAAAGUAGGCGUGUGACUUGGGGCCGCGGCCCUGGAAGUAUCGUCCGCAAACAAGGCAUGCGUAGACGUUGAUGUUUGACAGUGAUAUCGAGCAGAGCUUUUCAAAAUCGAAAUCCAGGAUGCUGCGAUCUAUCGUAUCCAGGUACAGGUCGUCAUAACCUUCUGUCGGCGCGCUCUGGCGGAUGGGCGCUGUAUCGGCCAUCGCAUCUUCGAAGUCGUCAACUUCUUCGUCAUUUGUUUUGUUUCCAUUGCUGUUGAUGUGCUGCGCAAUGCUGUGGUUGCCUGGAGGCGUUUCGAAAUCGACCGUCCGCGAUCUCUUCGACGAGGGUGAGGCGACGCCAGCUAGCUCAUCAAGAGCCUCUGAAGCUUGGCGCUUGCUCAUUUUCGGCGCUUUUUAUUCUACCGAGAAUGUGAUUGCUCCUCAGACCGGUAACAAUUUCGUAGAAAGUGGUUGUGCAGUACGGCCGGUCACGCCGUUGUCGGAAGCCUGCGUUUACAGGUG